GUAAAUAAAAGUUUGAACCAAAAAUUAAAUAGACAAACACGCAGAGGAAGCGUGUUUGCCCGCGUUGCUGUGGAGGUGACGGGCUCGGCGCAUCAGGAAGACAGACGCGGAGGGGUGACGGUGGUCGGUCGGUGGAGUAAUUCAGGGCGCCACGGCGCUCUUCCUGCAGAAACUCUCGUGGAAACGGGGCUUGACAAGCUGGCCCUCAGACGUCUCGCCGCGUAUGUUAAUGAGGUGCUGUUUCCUCUCCCCCGUAGCCGACGUCACGGGCGCUGCAGGAGGUGAUAUUGAGCUGAUGAGAUGAAGUUGCCCUUCCUGCCGAGCCGCUGAGCCGUGCGGGAAGUGGAGACUGUGCAGUCGGCGAGGGGGCGGGCGUCGCUCCGGAGGGGAUGAAAUGGGACUGGAGGUGUUACUGUUCGUCCCGAAUGUUAUUGGGUACAUCCGGGUCCUGCUGCUGGGCAUCGCCUGGGCUUACUUCCACGAGCCUGAGGUUUUCAUCCCCUGCUACGUCAUUUCCAUCAUACUGGAUGGGGUGGACGGCUGGGCAGCCCGGCGCCUGAACCAGACGUCGGAGUUCGGGGCCUGGCUGGAUGUGGUGGUUGACAACCUGGGCCGGGGCAUGCUGUGGAGCAUGCUGUUCGAGGCGGGCUGGCUGGUGGCGGCGGUGGAGUGGUGCGUGUUCGUCUGCACGCACAGCGCCCUGGGAGCCCAGUGGAAGAGCCGUCUGGGAGCGGGCCCCCCCUGGGUGCAGGCUGUCAUGGCCAAUGGCUUUAAGACCCCUCCAGGCGUGCUGGCAAUCGGUGGGCUGCAUGUCCUGCCCGUGUGGCUGUACGGGUAUCAGCGUGGGGUCCUGACCGAGCCCCUCUCCAUCCCGGCCUGGCUGCAAGGGCUGGGGGCCAUCGUCCUCAUAGCAGGGAGGCUGCUGUGCUUCACUGUGGAGGUGUGGUGCAUCUGGAUGCAUAUUCGAUUUCUCACCAGGGAUGAGAAGGCGGCGAAGGAGGAAGAGUGAACCUGCUGUGAUCAGCAUACCUCCAGCACUUGAGCAGUUCAGGUUGAACUGCACCACAUCUCCCUGCAGGAGCACCUUGAUGGAAUGGAACAAGUACAAAAACCUGCUGACAAGCUAAGCCUUAGGCAAAAUAUUUGUGAAAAAGGGGAAUCAGGGUUUCACACCUAGGAGUCGCGUGUUUGCACUUUUACCGACUGUUUAACUGGUAGAAAACAAGUCUCCUCUGGAAUGCUGCUAAAGUCUCUUUUAGCUUUAUGUUAGUAUCCAUAGUGCCCCAAUGUCUGGAGAACAUGACACACAAAUACUGUACUUCAUCAGGCCAUCACUUAUAGUGGGCGAUUCAGCUCUAAUUGCCUGCUUCAUGUGGAGUUUCCCCCCCUCUGUCUGCUUAAAAACUGCAGCAGACCCCCUCUUUUAAACUCUUCUUUCAAUUUUUAAUGUUUUUCCUUUUACCCACUUGUGUUUCUCGUUUCCUGCCCCAGGGGCAAAUGCCGGUAAAGGCAAAGCCCUUGAGUGAUUGUUGUAUGUUUUCGGGUGUCAGUUGUAGGAAAAAAAAAAGUUACAGAAUAACGGGGACAGAAGCAGGGGGGCAUUCCUGAGUUUUAAGUGGAAGGAUGGGGAAACGGGUAUGGGGCUUCACCGCUUUUCAACAGUGAACACUUCCACUGGAGCUCCAGCUGGUGUGCUGUCUUCCAGGGCUGGGCUGUCUCUGAGCUAUAGCCAAACACCGUCACAAUCGCUCAUCCUGCACAUCAACCUCAGCAUUUCUAUCAAGACUGCAGUUUUUAAUAUUGUUCAAGCGUAAGCCACGUCACAUGAAGAAGCACUCAUUCUUUUAAUGAAAAAAAAAAGAGAGAGGCUACCCGAGGCUGCAUUAAUACUAUAUUUGUUUCCUUCAGCAAUAGUUACAGAAAUUCACAAUGUUGGUUACAAAUGUUUAAUAUGGUCUGAUGGCUACACAAUGUUGGGCACUGCAGACUUUAUGGAGUUAGGAUUCUGUUAUAAUGAGUUAUAUUAAUACACAGGCAAUGAAAGAAUCCUUGAUUAAACAUUAGCAAUGUUGAUCUCUUUACACAGGCUCAUUAUGGCACUACUGAGGGGGGGAUUUUAAACUAUGUAUUUAAUUUGUCACUUCAUAACUUACACAUUCAUUUUCCUUAACCCUUCCAGUAAAA